GGGAGUCGACGGACAAGGAGGUCAGCUAAGUUGGAUGGCUGAAGGAGGCGGAGGAGAGAGAAGGUGUCAAGGUGGUCGGCUAUGGUUGAUGGGUGGAGGAGGUGGAGGAGGUGGAGGAGGUGGAGGAGGUGGAGGAGGUGGAGGAGGUGGUAGGCUAUGGUUGAUGGGUGAAGGUGGUGGAGAAGAUGGAGGAGGAAGAACGUGUGAAGGUGGUUGGCUAUGGUGGAUGGGUGAAGGAGGUGGAGGAGGAAGGAGCAUACAUCAUGCAACAAAACUCAUGAAAGAGACGUGCUGCAUAAAGGAGGCAAGGCCUUUCGCCUUCGCGCUCGUGAAGUCCCACGUGGCAAGUGCGGAGGUGGCGUACUUGCCUCAUCAUCUAGUCCCACGGGCGAGUGCGGAGGUAGCGACGCCGAGGUGGCAACAGGAGCGGCAAGUACGCCACGUGGCAAGUGCGGCCUCACUCAAUAGUCCCACGUGGCAAGUGCGGAGGUGGCGACGGGAGCGGCAAGUACGCCACGUGGCAAGUGCGGCCUCACCAUAUAGUCUCACGUGGCAAGUGCGGAGGUGGCGACGGGAUCGGGAUCGGGAAGCGGAGGUGGUGAAGCAGGGCGUGGGAUCGGGAGCGGGAUUGGGAAGUGGAGGUGGUGACGCAGGGCGCGGGAUCGGGAGCGGGAUCGGGAAGCGGAGCUGGCGACGGCGAGGUGGCAACGCAGGGCGAGGGAUCGGGAGCGGGAUCGGGAAGCGAAGGUGGCGACGGGAGCGGGAUCGGGAUCGGAAAGCGGAGGUGGCGAUGGGUAGCACACUUCGCACAUGCCAAACAUCGCACGUGAAGCACGUGCCACGUGGCGCACUUUUCGCAUCGCGUCAAGGUUGCGAGGACGAGGAGGACGAGGAGGAAGAGGAGGAGGAGGAGGAGGAAGUUGAGGAAAAGCAAGAGGAGGCGGAGGAGGAAGAGGAGGAAGAGGAGGAGGAGGAGGAGGAGGAGGAGGACGAGAAGGACGAGGAGGAAGAGCAGGAGGAAGAGGAGGAGGAAGCUGGGGAGGAAGAGGAGGAGGAGGAAGCCGAGGAGGAAGAGGAGGAGGAGGUGGAAGAGGAGGAGGGGGACGGGGAGGAGGAGGAGGAGGAGGAGGAGGAGGAGGAAGACGAGGAGAAAAAGGAGGAAAAGGAGGAGGAGGAGUAAGGUGGAAGAUGAGGAGGAGGAGGUGAAAAAAGAGGAGGGAAGGAGGAGGAAGAAGAGUAGGAAGAGGAGGCUCACCUUAGCGAUG